AUGAUCCCGGGAUCAAGCCUAGUUUUCGAGUCGAAAACUGGCAAUCAGGAUUAUCACGAUGAGAUGAACUCAGGAAACUUCACGAGGUGGUUCACUGAGCAGUUGCUCCCUAACCUACCGGGUAAUUCAGUCAUUGUGAUGGAUAAUGCUUCCUAUCACAGUCAUCUGGAUCCUGAGUCUAAGUGUCCGACAUCGUCGGCGCGAAAGGCCGAGAUCCAGUCUUGGCUUGAUAGAAAGGGUAUCCAUUACACCCCGGCAAUGAUCAAGGCUGAAUUACUCACGUUGGUGAAGCAGCACAAGCCUCGUCCUAAGUACGUGAUUGACGAUUUGGCUUCACAGGCAGGUCACACAGUUUUGCGUCUACCUCCUUAUCACUGUGAGCUGAAUCCCAUCGAGCUGGUUUGGGCUGAAUUGAAAAGCUUCGUCGCCAGGAGCAAUGCCACGUUUAAGAAAGAUAAAGUGAUGGAGCUAUUCAAUCAAGCAAGAUCAGCUUACGAUGUGGAGAAGUGGAGGAGGGUCGAGAGCCACGUGAUAAAUGAGGUGGAGACAAAACUGUGGAAACUUGACGGAGUUCAGGAUGACGAGGUCGCUCCGGUGAUCAUUGACUUGACGGACUCCGAGGACAGUGACAGUGACUUAGACUCAGAUUUUGGUGAUGACGAAAGUGACGCUGACUCUGACGUUUCCAUGAACUCCGUCGAGGAAUCUGAUGAUGAAGUCACUUGUUGCAUAUGUGGUGACUAUAAUGCUCCUGGACGGUCACGAAAGAUUGCCUGGGUGGAGUGUGAGUUGUGUAAGAGGUGGAGUCACCGCAUAUGCACCAAGCCCUCUCUAAAGUCAG